AUGAGAGACUCGCUUUACAAUCGUCUCUGGCGCCGAGAAUGCGGGGACUUAUCUGCGCGUGCCGGGCUCCGGGACAUUUACGGUUCCAAGGAGUGGGUCAGCGAUCUUGACAUUGUCAACGAGCUUGGUGGACACACAGGCUGCGUGAAUGCCCUCAGUUGGUCCCGGUCAGGACGUUUUCUGGCCUCGGGCUCGGAUGAUCAACAUUUAAAUAUCUACUCCUAUCAACCCGAAUCCUCCGAUGCGCCUUUUGCGCUAAAUACAACCGUGCAUACAGGCCACAAGGCCAAUAUCUUCUCCGUCAAGUUCAUGCCUCACUCGAACGACCGAACCCUAGUCACUUGUGCCGGCGAUUCCCAGGUGCGCGUUUUCGACAUCGAAUACUCUAGCAGCAAUGGCAACGUCGCUAACACCUCGGCAUUUGCGGCUUCGGCUCGCAGCCGCCGUUUCAAUAACUUCUUCGAUGGGGCCCGAUAUCUGAGUGAAGGCAAUACCAACGCUAGGGUCUACCGGAGUCAUGCCGACCGUGUGAAGCGAAUUGUCGUCGAGUCCUCCCCUUUCCUAUUCCUAACAUGCUCGGAAGACGGUGAGGUCAGACAGUGGGACUUGCGUCAGCCGACUUCUGCAUAUCCUCCGCCCAACGGUGGCCAGGGUUUCAUGGCCUAUAGGCCUGGCCGCGAGCACGACGACUCGAACGUCCCCCCGCCCCUCAUCUCCUACAAGAAAUUUAGUCUCGAUCUCAACACAAUAUCGUGCUCCCCUUCACAGCCACAUUAUAUUGCCCUUGGUGGUGCUCACGUGCACUGCUUCCUUCAUGAUCGACGUAUGCUCGGUCGCGACAUGGUGGCAGAAAGAGGUUCUCCUAGCCGGGCGACUCCGAGCGCCGGUACGCAUGACGAUGAAGUGAUGGGGAAAGCCACCCGAUGUGUUCGACGGUUUGCCCCUCGUGGCAAGCAUCGUAUGCGGGAUCUCGAUGAGGGACAUAUCACCGCCUGUAAAAUCAGCGAUGCAAACCCUGACGAAAUGGUGGUCAGUUGGUCGGGAGACCACAUUUACAGUUUCGAUAUCAUUCAAAGCCUAGAUGCUCGAGACCCAACGCCUGAGGAGAGCUCGGUUUCACAAACUGCAAAGAAGCAAUAUAAAAAUGGAUCGCGUGAUCGAAAACGUAAGCGCCCAAAGCCCAUGUCGAUGUCCUCCCAAGAUAGUGGCGACCGUCAUCAUUCCCGACGUCGAUCUAAUGACCCCAACACACUGAGAGUUCGGUUCGAAAAUGGCGAGUCAUCGGAUAUUCCCAUUCCCGGAAUGUCAGAAGAGGAGUCUCCCGGAGGUUUAAUGGAACGCGCAAGGUACUCUGUGUUGAAUGAGGCGCAGCGACUGAGCAGAGACAUUUCCAAAUCGAUGGUCAAGCUCCGACAGGCUAUGUUCUCACUUGAAGAGACUAUGAGAGAAGCAGCAGAAUCCGACCAGAAUGACCUCACGCCUUAUGCCGAGUCCUUUGGGUCUGCAUUGGCGAUUGCAUGUACCGUGCUACCUCAAAUGGACUCUAUCAUUCGAGACUGGAGGUAUCCUAUGAACCCAUCUCGUGACACCGUCAUUCUUCAACAGACUCUCCGCCGUCACCGCCAAGAGUCGUGGAGAUUUAUUCAGGCCGCUGGCACUUUAGCCCUUGUAUUGAAAACCCCAUCGCACGCCUCCGAGGUGGAUGACUUAGACACAUAUCGAGACUUCCAGAAAAUUACUCCCGCACCCAGUGAAGAUGAAUCUAUUGAGCCAGAAUCGCAGUUCGGCUAUGAUUUCCUGAAGGCAAUCUUGCUUUGGCUCCAUGGAGGUCGCCAAGAGCUACUAGCCGGGUUUAAGCGUGGAUCAUGCCAUCGAAGACAAAAUGGACGGUUUCCCAUCUCAGAAGAUGAUGCCGAGGACGCGAUCGAAAGAGUUCUCAUCCCAUAUCUGCAUGCCUUCGCAGGAGACACGCCGAUUGUAAAUGUGGAUGCGUCCCCAUAUGAACACGACAGGACCCGUAUAUUAUUUCCAACCCAACGAGCAGCUGUGGUUGCCUUUGGAAAUGCCGUGAGAUUGCCACUUGAGAACCUUGGAACGACUGCUGCUCGUAUCGAUAAACGUCGCGUGUCCAGUCCAUCUUCGCAUGUCAGAUCACUCGACCGAGCCUCGGCCUUCAGGUUUUGGAUAUUACGGGUCGGAAGGGGCAUUUUAAUGACAACUGGGAAAUGUGUCAACUAUUCCUUCGUCAAUCGUGCCUUUGGUGGGCUACAACCCGAGGUGGACGAGUCAGACAGUGAUCUAGAGCUGGAAAGAUACCUGGAAGAAACACAAGAAGACAUUGAUCUCAAUGAACCAGAAGAAAGGGUUCAAUCUGUCAACCUUGUGAGCACUGCCCGGCCCAACCGAAAUAUCAGCUCUGGGAGAAUUGAGACAUCCCCGGGUGACGAUGAGCAAAGCAACUCCGGGGAGGUUUCUUCCUCGUCUGAAUCUUCUGCUAAUGAAAUAGAGAGCGAUAAUGGGGAGACAAGCGAUUCAAAUGAGAGUGAUCGGGAUGAGACUGACCAAGAAGGUGCUGAUGGAUGGAACUUUGGUCUCGAAGAUGGAAGUGAAGAAGACUCUGAUAUCGAAUUUCCUGUUUCUCUGCGUUCUGGGAGUCGUAAAGGACGUCGAGGAGAUGUCGAGAUCGAUACUCCAUGCUCAUCCCACACCAAGGUUUAUCAGGGACACUGCAAUAUCAAGACCGUCAAAGAUGUCAAUUUUUUCGGAUUAAACGACGAGUAUGUGGUGAGUGGCAGCGAUUCUGGCCAUGUUUUCAUGUGGGAUCGAAAGACUGCCAAUUUGGUGAAUAUAUUGGAAGGAGACAGUGAGGUUGUCAAUGUCGUGCAAGGUGAUGCAGGCCACCCAUAUGAGCCCACCAUGGCUGUGUCCGGCAUCGACAGCACUAUCAAAAUUUUCAACCCAGAUCGAAAUGCUCAAGAGCAAGCCAAGCAAGGCAUCAACAUCCUUGACCCUGAUAACCCGGCGAAUGUUCUCGGCUCCACCGUACACAACCUCGGCGGGUUGUCGAGUCGCAAGCGUCUUCAUGACAGCUAUCGCAUCAUAAGCCAGAAUGAUGUUGACCGCCGAGGUGGUAUGAGCGAAGCUUAUAUUACUAGAAGCAUGCUCAGUCGACUUGCCGCCACCCUUCGAGGCCGCCAAACUCUGGGAGGGGGUCUGGGCGGGGGCAUUGAGGGUAUAGGCGGAGAAGGUGGCGAAGCAGCCACCGUGGUUCUUGAUGAGAACUGCCUG